AUGCCUACUCACGCAGACCUGGUGAUCCGCGCCAGCAUAAUCUAUACGCUUGAGGAUAGCUAUCCUCCUCAACGUGCCCUGGCUGUUCGAGACGGCAUUAUCCAUCGGCUCUCGGUUGAUAGAAACGGACUGGAUCACUUGAUCGGACCUAAAACGACCGUUAUUGACCAAGCUGAUGGGGUUGUCCUUCCGUCGUUUGACGACACUCACACACACCUGAUAUAUGCGGGUCUGGGUCAAUUCGAUGUGCCCGUGCAUACUGCGAGAGACUUGUCCGAGCUGUUGGGAUUGAUCCGACAGAGAGCAUUGGUGACCAAGCCUGGCGACUGGAUAUCUACCACCACCAACUGGCAAGAGUUCAACAUCCGCGAGCAACGCCUGCCUACGUUGAAAGAACUGGACGAAGUCAGCCGUAUUCAUCCAAUCAUAGUCCGCCGUGGGGGCCAUAACCUGGUUUUGAACUCAUGUGCAAUGCAACGCGCCGGAAUUACUGCCGAUACCCAGGUACCACCAGGGGGAAAGAUCGGGAAGGAUGAGCAUGGCCAGCUCAACGGAUUGCUUCAAGAUUCGGCGGUCAUCUUAAUAGAUGGUGCUCAACCAUCUCCAAACAAGGACAAGCUAAUCGCUGGUUUGGAUGGUGCUUCCGCCUCAUAUGCCGCGAGAGGCAUUGGAUGCGUCCGUGACUGCUGUGUCUCGCUCGAAGACCUUGCGGCUCUCAAAGCAACACACGACACGGGGAAACUACAUGUUCGCGUGAGAGCGCUCAUAACCGCCAUAGGCUUUUCGGAUGUGAGCCGCGUGGUACAACUGCUCACGGAAAUGGAGAAGUGGCGAUUCUUACAGCAUGAUCCCUGGUUAUCCGUCUGGGGUGUUAAGUUCAUGAUCGAUGGCGGUAUUGAGGCAGCCGCCACAGAUGAAAUGUACCAGAAGACGUGCGACUGCGCAUCUCAAGCCGGAUACCGAGGUAGGCUGCUCUGGGAUCCGGAAAAGCUUGUCGAGGCUAUGGAUGCCGUGGUCCGGCGAGGGUGGAAGAUUGGCACUCAUGCAUAUGGUGAUCGUGCCAUCCGGACCCUUUUGGAUGUCUAUGAACGGGUCUUGAAGCGUCAUCCAAACCUAGCUCCUGGGACAUUGGUUAUGGAGCAUGGAGGACUGGCAACGCCCGCAUUGCGUGAACGAGCGGUUUCGCUAGGAAUUCCAGUAACGAUUCAGCACCCUCUCCUUCACGACGUUGCCGGUAUACAGGAAGUGUAUUGGGGUCCUCAAAGAGUAUCCCAUGUCUUCCCCGUUCGCGAAUGGCUGGACCUGGGGGCCCUUGUGUCAGCCGGAUCGGAUUUCCCUGUUGGGGCAUAUGGCGCCAUGCAUUCUGUCUGGGGUAUGACAACUCGACAGACGGUUGUCGGGGUGAAAGGACCGGAGCAUGCAAUCAGUGUUGGAGAGUCAAUCGCCCUACAUACAACCCUGGCUGCAAGGACCCUACAGGAAUCUGAUGUGCGAGGAAGUCUGAAACCUGGACGGUACGCAGACAUGACCAUCUGGCAUUUUGACCCGUUCAAGAUAGGCGACAUCCACGAGCUGCGUGAUGUGAGCCCAUUAUACACCAUCAUUGGAGGGAAAAUUAGCCACCCGUAUGUUUAG